CUUGAAAACUAUCAUACGGAAUACUUUGCGCCACUUUCUCGCUCGCUAUAAUUGUUUCCAUCUUCUUCCCAACUUAUCGGCUUUGAUCGAUCCGAUCCAUUUCCCAAAAUUGUUCCAUUUUCAAUAAAUAAGCCGGCCAUGGAAGAUGAAAAAAACAGUGUGAAAUAUGAAGAGGAGUAUGUGUUGAAUUCAAGAGGAAUGAAGCUUUUUACGUGUCGAUGGGUACCUGCAGAGAAAUCUGAACCAAAAGCUUUGAUCUUUCUUUGCCAUGGAUAUGGCAUGGAAUGCUCUGUUUCUAUGAAAGGGGCUGCCACGAGGCUAGUGAAGGCAGGGUAUGCAGUUUAUGGAAUGGAGUAUGAAGGACAUGGGAAGUCAGAUGGUUUGCUUGGCUUUGUUCCCAGCUUUGAUCUUGUUCUCACUGAUUGUUCCCAUCAUUACUCCAAUAUUUGUGAGAGGGAAGAGAACAAGAGAAAGAUGAGGAUUUUGAUGGGAGAAUCAAUGGGGGGAGCACUUGCCCUUCUUCUCCACAGAAAGAAGCCUCUUUUUUGGGAUGGCGCCGUCCUUGUUGCUCCGAUGUGCAAGAUUGCGGAAGACAUAAAGCCUCAUCCUAUGGUAAUUAGGGCAUUGACCCAACUUUCCAAAGUCAUCCCCACGUGGAGACUAAUCCCAACCCAAGAUCUGGUGGAGGUCGCCUUUAGAGACCCACAAGUUCGAGAUGAGAUAAGGGCCAACCCGUAUUGCUACAAGGGCCGGCCACGCUUGAAAACUGGGAAUGAACUCCUCGCCGUUAGCUUGGACUUGGAGAAAAGGCUUCAUGAGGUGACAAUACCAUUCAUAGUCGCACACGGAGAAGCAGACAGAGUAACGGACCCAACGGUGAGCAAACUAUUGUACGAAACGGCUUCAAGCACCGACAAGACCCUCAAGUUGUACCCAGGAAUGUGGCAUUCCCUUACCUACGGCGAGUUGCCGGAAAAUCUCAACAUUGUCUUCUCCGACAUCAUCCGUUGGCUCGACGAAAAAGUUUCCGCCGGUGGUGCUAGGCUGGAGAGAGAGCAAAAACAAGCUAAUGACAAUCCAUUAAAACCAGAAGCAGGAUCCAGUAAAUCCUGUUGAUUAGCCUCAUAUUUGAUGUCACGGCAAACCGGUUUAUAUUACAAGUAUAUAGUUAGUGAUUAUCACGCAAUAAGGUAUAGUAAUAAUACACUCUCCGUCCCAGUGCAAUUGUCCAAUUUGUGGGUAAUAUUUAUGUACAAGAAACACUGUGAAGCACAUGUUUUCCAUAAAAAGAAACAGGCAAAGUAAUU